UAACAAUGUUCAGAAAAUCAAAGCCAAAAGUAGAUCCUCCACCCGUGGCCCCUAGUUUAGAGGAGAUGUUGGAGGACUUGGAAACAUUCGAAAUCAAUAAACCAACUGUAGGCAGCACCAGUGACAACGUGGACUUGGAGCACGCUCUCAUGACGGAGCCUGAGAAUUUAAGCAUCCAGACAUGGUGGCGGGUUUUUGACGAAUAUGAUCGAAAGGUUAAGAAAAUGGCCGAGACGGAGGAGAACCUGGAGUCGCAAAGAAAUCAGCUCAAGGACUGCUACGACAAGCUAGAGGCAAAUGCAAAUAAAUUGAAAGAAAACAUCAAGAAGCAACAGUCACUAAUUAAAGUAGCGCUCAAAAACGCUUAA